UAUAUUUCUCGUGAUCGAAUUUACAAUAUCUAUGAAUUGUCAUCAAUUGAAAAGUAGCUUAGUGUUUGUUAUCGACAGAACUAGUUCUAUGCAAAAGGUUAUAAAUGAAGUGAAAAAUAAAACUGACCUUAUUUUUGACGCAGUACUUAAAUCGAAUAAUAGUCGAAUUGAUGAUUUUAUUUUAGUCACAUUUGACGAUCCCAAAACUGAAGUAAAAGCUUGGACGUCAAGCAGAGAAGAAUUCAAAGCAGCUUUAAAAGAUAUAAAAUUGGUAAACGGAUGUGAUUGUCCUGAGUACUCGAUGUCGGGAAUUGAAGAAGCAUUACAAAUAAGCAAACCAAAUUCCUUUUUCUACGUCUUCACUGAUGCUUCUGCUAAAGAUUAUCUGAAAAUAGAUGUCGUUAAGAGUCUUAGUCAAAAAAAAGCAAUACAAGUUAAUUUUCUUUUGACGGGAAUUUGUAAUAAUUAUGGCGGAAAAUAUUUUUCUGGGUACGAAAACCUAACUGUGGCGACAUCAGGGCAGAUAUUUCAUAUAAAAAAAAAUGACAUUACUAAGAUUAUUAAAUAUAUUGUAGAAUCAAUUAAAAACAAACGGACGAUAUUGAAUCAACAAUAUAUUAAACAAAAAGGAGGCACGGUCCAAUUCACGGUCGAUAGCAAAAUACAGGAUGUUUUGAUUUCUAUAUCAUCAAACUCUCCAAGCUAUCGAGUAACAGACUCAAUUGGAAAUAUAAUUGAAUCAACAGAAAUAGUUCAUACAGAAAAAACUGCUGUUGAUAAAAUUAUUGCUAAGCCUGGAAACUAUACUAUUCAUAUAAACAAUGAUAUAAAAUGUUCAGUGGUCGUGUCUGGAUCUACAACUGUCUGCUUUGAAUAUGGUUUUUCUAUUAUUGAACCUACUACCAUAAACGAAACUUCAACUAAGCCUCUCAGUGACCUUACAGAGAAGCAGUACUUAUCAAUUGUGUUAGAUAAUAAUGAAAAAGAUAUCAAAUUAGAGACAGCUGAGAUAAGGGAUAUAGAUUAUAGCAUUUUAAAAGUUUUACCUUUAAAAAUAAUAAACGUAGAACAACAAUUCUAUGUAACAGAACCUUUCAAGCCACCAUUUGGUAUGUUUAAAAUAUCGAUAAAUGGCAUAACAAACACUAAAGAAAAAAUUACAAGGAUAUCAACAAGUACAUCUGAAUAUCAGGACAGAUUAGAAAAAGCUAAAUUUACGGUGCCGGAGGUAACAAUUUUAUCAAAAUCACCAGUGGAUGUUGAAUUUGAUAAUUCUUUAACAUUGAAAUGUAAAGUUCAUGCGUUUCCUGAGCCGAAAAUUACUUGGACGGAUAGUUCUGGUGCAAUUAUAUCAUCUAAGCUAGUCUUGCCAAUCGAUCUUCCAUAUGAUUACAUUAGUGUUCUCGAAUUAAAUAAGGUUAACACGAACAUGACACUUACUUGCACAGCGAUUAACGAUAAAGGAGACAGAGAUGCAAAAGUCAUUGACGUAAAAACAAAAAAGAAAAUGUACUUGAAAAUCAUUGAGUAUCCAAAAGAUACAACAGUAGAAUAUAAAACAAGUGUCGAAUUUAAAUGUAUAGUUGAUGCAUCGCCAGCUGAAACUAUCACUUGGUUCAAAGAUAACGACAAGAUAAAUAGUGAUGAAAAUUAUGAUAUAUCACCAGACGGUUCGAAAUUAACUAUAAAAAGCAUGAAUACUAAACUAAAAGGGAAUUACCAUGUGAAUAUCACCAACGGCCAUGAAACUAAGGAUUUUCCAUUUAAGGUUGCCAUAUCUGGUACAGAUGCUCCUAAGAUAGACAAACGUACUGUUAUAUACUAUAGGAAAAUAGGACAUAGUGUUGAUUUGCCAUGCAGAGUUAUAAAAGGUAAACCGGAUCCUGUUAUAUCUUGGUCAUUUAGCAAAGACGAUUCUUUACUUGGUUUCGAGGCCUUAGAAAGUACAAAAUCAAUUCUUCACAUCGAUGAUAUUGGAGAGCAGCACAAUGGAAUUUAUAAAUGCAAGGCCACAAAUGAUAUUAAUGAAGAUUUUCAUGAAAUGCAGUUGAUUGUGGAAUAUCGUCCUUCCGUAAAAAUGAUUAGAAGGAUAUCAUUCAAUCAAAGUGAACCUGUAAUUUUAAAUUGCAUUGUUGAUGGCUCACCACAGCCUACAGUUCAAUGGACUUAUAACGAAACUGAAAUUAAAGUUUCGAGUAAAUAUCGUAUCUUCAGAAACAAUAGUUUAAGUUUUAUAGGUUCGAUACGGGAUAGUGGUAAAUAUUAUUGUAAAGCAAGAAACAGUCUCGGAGAAGUGAAAAAAUAUACGUUCCUUACCAUUUAUGAACCUGUCUCAAUAGAACCACCUACAGAGCUUCGUUGGAAGUUGCAAGUUGGGAGUUCGAUAACAUUGGACUGCAUUGUUCAUGGUUAUCCUAAGCCGACAGUCAAAUGGAUUAUGCAUUUUUUUGAACCAAAUAUUUUGCCUCUAGAAUUGCCACACAAUAAAAACAACUCAUACAAAUUGAAUCGAGCUCAGAUUAACGAGCAAGGAAAUUAUUCCUGUGUGGCGGAAAAUGCGGGUGGAGUAAAAGUAAUCACAUAUGAAAUAUUUGUUUUAGCUGCUCCUAAAAUAAUAAAAACAUCAAAAACAACAACAUUAAAUGCCGUCGUGGGUGACCUGGCACUUAGGGUUCCUUGUAAAGCCGAAGGUUCUCCAAAACCAACUAUAACGUGGGAAUUUAACAAUUUAAAUAUUGCUAAAGAUACAGCAAUGUACGACAUAGACGAGGAUGGCACUUUAAUAAUAAAAAACAUCUCUUUAAGCGCAGAGGGCUCCUACGUUUGUAAAGCGGAAAACUCUUUAAAUUUUGAUAGAAUUGAAUAUGAUGUGAAAAUUAAUUCGUUCGUCGAUACGUCAUUUUCAAUCACAAUAAAAAUUGAAUUGGGAUCUUCAACAGAAAUUUCAUGUGGUAAUUAUCCUGGUCUGGUUAUUCAAGUGGGAAAUUCAGUUCGCUGGUUCAAGGACGGAGUUUUUUUCAAAGAAGGAAGAUUGAUUUUAUCGAAUGCACAACUAAGCGAUUCUGGCGUAUACACGUGUAGAUUAAGCACAUUUUGGUCUUCAGACUCAUAUGCUAAGAAAGUUGUCGUUGGGUUUAAACCAGAAUUUACGUCAAAUUUUAGAAAAAAUAUAAAAUACAAUGAAGGCAUUACAGAGACUUUAGACUGUAGCGCUAAAGGUGAACCAGCGCCGACGGUAAGAUGGCGAAUAAAUUCGAAAAGCCUUAAGGAAAAAUCCAUGCUUUAUAAGUUCACGAUGGAAAAAACAAAUAUUGGAGUAUAUAAAUGUGUUAUAACAAAUGAUUUUGGAUCUAUUGUUCGACAAUUUCAAAUUAAGAGUGAAGCCUGCACUUUACCAAGAAAGAAUUAUAUAGACAAACACAUGCCAUUAAUUGUAUCUAAAAGUCAAGAAUGGAUAUAUGAGAGAACCAUAUCUUUCUAUACACAAAUUUACAUAAUUUGUCCUGGAUCAUUUUUAUCGAACAACAAAGAACGAUUAGGCACGUACAUCUCAGCUACAUGCAUAGAUAAAACCUUGUUUCAAAUAAAUAAUAAAACUUACGAUAUUUCUGCAUUGAAAUGUGAUAAAGAAAUAAAAGUCAAGCAAGAAAGAACCUACAAACCCUGCCGAAUGGGUAACACGGAAUUAAUUAUGAUCGGCUAUUCGUUGAGUUCUACCGACUUAUUGAGAAUCUUCGACGUUUGUAUCGAUAAAGAUAAAUUUAAAAUACAUUUUACAAAAUAUGGUAUCGGCCAGGGUAUUGCGAACACUGAUAUCAUUGGAGCAAUAUUUGAGGAGAGUGAAUUAUUGCCAUUGAAUUUUGAUGAUAUAUAUGAUUGUAAGGAACAAAUUAACUCAAUUUCGAUUACGAUUGGUCGAAGCUUUAGUAAAAGUGAUAAAUGCUGCUUUGGAAAAAGGCAAUUGGUGAAUUCUAAGGAUGUAUUGCCCGGAUUAGGCCAAGCGGCUACUUUUACAUAUUUAAACGUCGUACCCGUUUGGAGUUCUUGUAGUUUAGAGAAUUGGGAUGAAGUAGAAAGACGGGUGCGCUCUCUCGCGAUGAGCUUAGGUUAUAUGCUAGAAAUUUGGACAGGAUCUUCGCAUUCUAUACAAUUGACUUCAAAGGGAAGUACUAAGGAAAUUAAUUUGUAUGACAGAAACAACUAUCAACAACAAGUUCCGUUAUAUAUAUGGAAGGUAGUAAUUAAUUAUCAAGAAGGGACAUCUCUUGCAAUUAUAUUUAUUAACGUUCCGAAUUUGACAUCGCAACAGGCGUUAUUUUUCAUGAAUUGCAAAGACAUAUGCCACGAAACGGAAUGGAUGAGAAAUCCUGCAUGGCACGACGUUAAAAAAGGAUUUGUUUUUUGUUGUAAAAUUAGAGAUUUCGAAAAAGCGUUCGAUUACAGAAAGCUUUUUAGAGUUAGUGGUGCAGUUUUAAAAGCUUAAUAAAAGGACGAUAAUGGCGCGUUGGGACUACGUCACUCGGUUCUUAAUGAUUUUGAAAUUCAGGUUAGAUCUUUAAGCGCUAUAACUUCCUUGUCGCUUACAAUGCUACAUCCAUUAUUCUUCGUAGGCCAGCAUCUGCAUCUCCACUUCUCACGUAUGGAUACAACUGGACACAACUCCAGAGUAUGCUUGUGGUGUACUACUAUAAAGUAUAUGUGGAACAAUGGUUCAGAAUUAAAGAUAUACCGCAUCAAGGGUCCGCAUGCACCUAGAUAUGUGUGUGUAAACAUU